GGGCCGCGUCCCCUGCCCGCGCCGGGCGCCCGCGGCCAAGUAGCCGCCCGGGCAGCGCCGCCUCCGCCCUCGCGCCCGCCCGGCCCUCCGCGGCCCCCUCGGAAGCAUGAGCGGGCGGCAGAGGAGCCGCCGCCGCCGCCGCCGCCCUCGGCCGCCGCUGGCCCCGUCCUCGGCCCCCGGGUCUCCGCCGCCGCCGCCGCGCCGCCGGUGAGGGCCGGCCGCGCGAGGAAGAUGGGCGGCGCCGUCCUGCGGAGCCUGCUGGUCUGCGGCGUGUGCGCCCUGGCGAGAGCAUCCCCACUGUUGCUUUAUGCAAACCGGCGUGAUCUUCGGCUGGUGGAUGCUGCAGAUGUGACUGAGAAUGCUACAGUUGUGGUGGGUGGCCUGGAAGAUGCUGCUGCGCUGGACUUUGUCUUCAUCCGUGGUUUGAUAUACUGGAGCGACGUCAGUGAAGAAGCCAUUAAACGCACAGAAUUCAACGAAUCCGGGCAUGUGCAAAACGUUGUUGUUUCUGGGCUCUUGUCACCUGAUGGGCUAGCUUGUGAUUGGCUGGGUGAAAAACUGUACUGGACAGAUUCUGAAACGAACCGGAUUGAAGUUUCCAAUUUAGAUGGAUCUUUGCGGAAAGUUUUGUUCUGGCAAGAACUGGAUCAACCGAGAGCAAUUGCGUUAGAUCCUGCAAGAGGGUUCAUGUACUGGACGGACUGGGGAGAAAUGCCAAAGAUAGAACGUGCCGGGAUGGAUGGUUCAAGCCGUUCAGUAAUCAUCAAUGUGGACAUUUAUUGGCCAAACGGGUUAACCCUGGAUUAUGAAGAACAGAAGCUGUAUUGGGCAGACGCUAAGCUGAACUUCAUUCACAGAUCAAAUCUGGAUGGAACACACAGGCAAGCUGUGAUCAAAGGAUCCCUCCCACAUCCUUUUGCUCUGACACUAUUUGGUGACACGCUGUAUUGGACCGAUUGGACAACUCGGUCCAUCUUGGCCUGCAACAAAUACACUGGACAGAACCUGCGUGAAAUACAUUCCAACAUCUUCUCCCCCAUGGACAUCCACGUCUUUAGCCAACAGCGGCAGCCCAGUGCUACAACCCCCUGCAGGAAUAAUAAUGGUGGUUGUUCCCAUCUGUGUUUGAUGUCUCCCAUCAAGCCCUUUUAUCGGUGUGCGUGUCCCACAGGCGUGAAACUCCUUGAGAACAAGAAGACUUGCAAAGAUGGAGCCACAGAGUUGCUACUGCUGGCCCGAAGGACUGAUUUGAGACUGAUCUCCCUGGAUACUCCAGAUUUCACUGAUACCGUGCUGCAGCUGGAAGACAUUCGGCACGCCAUUGCUAUUGACUAUGACCCUGUUGAGGGGUAUAUUUAUUGGACAGAUGAUGAAGUGAGGGCCAUUAGGCGUUCUUUCCUCGAUGGCUCAGCUAGCCAGUUUGUCGUACAGGCACAAAUUGCACACCCUGAUGGCAUCGCUGUAGACUGGGUUGCCCGAAAUCUCUACUGGACAGAUACAGGGACAGACCGCAUUGAAGUCACAAGGCUUAAUGGGACCAUGAGGAAGAUCUUGAUCUCAGAAGACCUGGAAGAGCCUAGAGCUAUAGUUUUGGAUCCUAUGAUUGGCUACAUGUACUGGACCGACUGGGGAGAGAUUCCCAAGAUUGAGAGAGCUGCCUUGGAUGGUUCUGACCGAGUUGUCUUGGUAAAUACCUCGCUUGGUUGGCCAAAUGGAUUGGCGCUGGAUUACGCUGAAAACAUGAUGUACUGGGGAGACGCCAAGACAGACAAAAUCGAGGUCAUGAACACCGAUGGGACCAGCAGAAGAGUCCUUGUGGAGGACAAGCUGCCUCACAUCUUUGGCUUCACCCUGCUGGGGGACUAUAUUUAUUGGACAGACUGGCAGAGGCGAAGUAUUGAGCGGGUUCAUAAGCGGACAGCAGAAAGGGAGAUCAUAAUUGACCAGCUGCCUGAUCUCAUGGGCCUCAAGGCUACAAAUGUCCACCAGAUCAUUGGUACAAACCCUUGCGCGGAAUCCAACGGGGGUUGCAGCCACCUCUGCUUGUAUCGGCCCCAAGGAUUGUGCUGCGCCUGCCCCAUCGGCCUGGAACUCCUGAGUGACGCGAAGACCUGCAUUGUCCCAGAAGCCUUCCUGCUGUUUUCCCGGAGAGCAGACAUCAGGCGAAUCUCUCUGGAGACGAACAACAAUAACGUUGCUAUUCCACUCACAGGCGUCAAAGAAGCCUCUGCCCUGGAUUUCGACGUGACCGACAACCGCAUAUAUUGGACAGACAUCUCGUUGAAGACCAUCAGUCGGGCGUUCAUGAAUGGAAGUGCUCUGGAACACGUGGUCGAGUUUGGGUUAGAUUAUCCGGAGGGCAUGGCUGUGGAUUGGUUAGGGAAGAACCUCUACUGGGCGGAUACAGGGACAAACCGGAUCGAAGUGUCGAAGCUGGAUGGGCAGCAUCGCCAGGUUCUGGUCUGGAAGGAUCUUGACAGUCCUCGGGCACUAGCUCUGGAUCCUGCUGAAGGGUUCAUGUACUGGACCGAAUGGGGUGGGAAGCCCAAAAUUGAUAGAGCAGCCAUGGACGGCAGCGAGCGUGGUACGUUGGUGCCAAACGUGGGGCGAGCAAAUGGUCUGACAAUUGAUUACGUUAAAAGAAGGUUGUAUUGGACUGACUUGGAUACCAACUUGAUUGAAUCUUCAAAUAUGCUGGGCCUUGACCGUGAUGUUAUCGCAGAUGAUUUACCACACCCCUUCGGCCUGACUCAAUACCAGGAUUACAUCUACUGGACGGACUGGAGCCGGCGUAGCAUUGAGCGGGCCAACAAGACCAGUGGGCAGAAUCGGACCAUCAUCCAAAAUCACCUGGAUUACGUGAUGGACAUCCUUGUCUUCCAUUCGUCCCGGCAGGCAGGCUGGAAUGAAUGUGCUUCCAGUAACGGGCAUUGCUCCCAUCUCUGCCUGGCAGUGCCCGUAGGCGGUUUUGUCUGUGGAUGCCCUGCUCAUUAUUCCUUGAACCCCGACAACAGAACGUGUAGCGCUCCCACAAGUUUCUUGCUCUUCAGUCAGAAGAAUGCAAUCAGUCGUAUGGUGAUCGAUGAGUUGCAGAGUCCGGAUAUCAUCCUUCCAAUCCACAGCCUCAGAAACGUUCGGGCCAUCGACUAUGACCCACUGGAGAAGCAGCUUUACUGGAUCGACUCUCGGCAAAACAUUAUCAGGAAAUCACAAGAGGACGGCAGUCAGAGUUUUACAGUUGUGAUGAGUCCUGUUCCCAACCAAAAUCCAGAUAUCCAGCCAUAUGAUCUGAGUAUUGAUAUCUACAGCCGUUACAUUUACUGGACUUGCGAAGCCACAAACGUCAUCAACGUCACACGCCUGGAUGGACGGCUGAUGGGUGUGGUGUUGAAAGGUGAACAGGAUCGGCCUAGAGCAAUUGUUGUGAAUCCAGAGAAAGGGUACAUGUAUUUCACCAACCUCCAAGAGAGGUCUUCUCCUAAGAUAGAAAGGGCAGCACUAGAUGGAACCGAACGAGAGGUCCUCUUUUCCAGCGGGCUGAGUAAACCCGUUGCCUUGGCCAUUGACAGCCACUUGGGGAAGUUAUUCUGGGCAGAUUCUGACCUGCGGAGAAUUGAGAGCAGUGAUCUUUCAGGUGCAAAUCGGAUAGUAUUGGAAGAUUCCAACAUACUGCAGCCUAUCGGACUGACCGUAUUUGAAAAAUGGCUUUACUGGAUUGAUCGCCAUCAACAGAUGAUUGAGAAAAUUGACAUGACUCGCCAGGAGGGACGCACAAAGGUCCAGGCUCGGAUUGCUCAGCUCAGUGACAUCCAUGCCGUUAAAGAACUCAACAUGCUGGAGUACCGACAGCACCCCUGUGCCCAAGAUAAUGGUGGUUGCUCUCACAUCUGCAUUAUAAAAAGCGAUGGAACUACCAGGUGUUCCUGCCCCAUUCAUCUGGUCCUGCUCGAAGACGAACUUUCCUGUGGAGAGCCUCCGACAUGCUCCCCACAGCAGUUCACGUGUCACACGGGAGAGAUUGACUGCAUCCCUGUUGCCUGGCGCUGCGAUGGGUUCACAGAGUGUGAAGAUGCCAGUGAUGAGAAGAAUUGCCCAGUGUGCUCUGAUUCUCAGUUCCAGUGUGAGAGCGGGCAGUGCAUUGAUGCCACCCUACAGUGCAAUGGAGAACCAAAUUGUCAGGAUAACUCAGACGAAAAGAAAUGUGAAGUACUUUGCCUAACUGAUCAAUUCCAGUGUGCUAGUGGUCAGUGCAUCGGGAAGAACAAGAAAUGUGAUCACAGCCUGGACUGCAGUGAUAAUUCCGAUGAACAGGGCUGCUACAUGACUGAAGAACCAGCCCCACCCGCCACCAAUACAAUAGGCUCCAUCAUUGGUGUGAUUCUUACCGUUUUUGUCGUUGGCGCUAUGUACUUCGUUUGCCAGAGAGUGCUGUGCCCGCGCAUGAAGGGAGAUGGGGAAACAAUGACCAACGACUACGUUGUUCAUGGACCGUCUUCUGUUCCUCUGGGUUACGUGCCUCACCCAAGCUCCCUUUCUGGAUCUCUUCCAGGAAUGUCCCGUGGUAAAUCUGUGAUCAGUUCACUUAGCAUCAUGGCAGGAAGCAGUGGGCCACCAUACGAUCGAGCUCACGUCACCGGGGCCUCUUCCAGCAGCUCUUCAAGCAUCAAAGGAGCCUACUUCCCUCCGAUCUUGAACCCUCCUCCGUCACCAGCCACAGAGGACUCUCGUUACACAAUGGAAUUUGGCUAUUCUUCGAACAGCCCUUCUACCCACCGAUCAUACAGUUACAGGCCCUACAGCUACCGUCAUUUCGCACCCCCCACUACGCCAUGCAGCACAGAUGUUUGGGACAGCGACUACGCACCCAGCCGCCGGGCAAUGGCAGUGGGGGGCAAAGGCUAUGCCAGCGACCUCAACUACGAUUCUGAGCCCACGCCACCACCUCCGACGCCACGCAGCCAGUACUUGUCGGCCGAGGAGAACUGCGAAAGCUGCCCGCCCUCCCCGUACACGGAACGGAGCUACACACACCACCUCUACCCACCGCCACCUUCUCCUUGCACUGAUUCCUCAUGAGAGAUGCCCUCCCCCAUGACUGCUUCCAGCUCAGCUGUGUAAAUAGUGCGGCCCCUGCCAAGGACGCGCGGGCGAGGCCUCCCGUGUACAGUCAGGCUAUCUGAAACGGGGAGGCCGCCUUUAGUAGAGGGGGGGGAGGGGGGGAGGGAGUGAAGAGGUUAUUUAUAUAUUUUCCUAAAACAGAUGGCUGCUUUGUGACAUAAGAAAUUUUUAAAGUUUGUAUACAAAGUUUUUUUUAAUUAUUAUUUUUCCAAACGGAACACAAGAAGAUGCCUUAAAUCGGUGAAGGGACUGAGUGUGGAAGGAAACGGAAGGACCAGGAGAUGUUGCUGUUCAAUGAGCCAAAUAUCAAAAAGAAGACAAAGAAGAAGAAAGUUUGGUUUGUUUUUUUUAAGGAAAAAGAAUGACAGGACAGUCAUCACAAAGCAGCAUUUAAAAAUACCUGCAAAGAGCUGAGUACCUUAAUGUUUCUAACUCUGAUGGGCCAACAAUUAAAUUAAACUUGAAGAAAGCUGUUGGGACAGGUCACUGACAGCACACCAAGGGCUUUGUUUUCUACAAGAACGGAGCACUAAAAACAGUCAUGCUCAGCACACUUCUGAACAUUUCUUGAAUUCUCACCUUUUGAAUUGUCCCAGAUGUGCUGUGUUGCCAGCUCUUUGCCCCUGUUUCUAAGUCCCACCAUCGUGUGGCGUGUACUUUUGUCCAAGGCUGGAGAAAGGCGGCGUAGCUGGAUCCAAAGUGGGCAGGGAUGCUUCAGAGCCAGAGCGCGGGCACCUUCUCUCACCACCCAGCAGCAGCUCCCUAAGGAAGCAGAGCCUUCUGCUGACCUUGGAGCUCCAGGAAAGCACAUGCUUGAGUUACGGCGCCGGCAACAGCGUGGGUCAGCCUUGCCGCACCCUCUUGGCCCCCUCCCCCCUAACUCAGCCAGGUGCCUUCCUGAGCCUGUGGGGAUCCCGUGCGAGCCCAGGAAGAUGCGUGGCUUCUCUGCGAAGCAGCCAGCCCAUAGAGAGAAGCUGCCCUAGCUGCGUCUGAAGCAACUCACCUCACCAGCGCAAGGCUGCACGCCUUUACUUUUUUUAGUGGGGAGGCUGUUCGCUUGGUGCUUGCACCUCAGGACUUGCUUGCCGUGAGAUGGGGAACAGGUCCAGCUGAGCUAGGCCAUGCACACGCCUCCUCGGACACAAGAUACAACCUCUUGCGGGAUUGGAAAAGUCACCCAGCUCAAUGCACAGGAGGUGGUGUGCUCUCUUUAUCUUCAAAAAAGAGGACUUUUGCUUCUGUUGCCAAUAUUUUCUUCUGUUGCUACAGGAGAGGGGCAGACUUACUGCUGAGGUCACUGCUUCUCUCUCACCGUGAGUAGAGUCCUGGGGUCCGAGCCCUCGAUGAGUGGCUGGUUGUGAGAAUGUGUGCGUGUGCUUACGGGCAUGUGCGAGAAAUGCUUUUCGUUUCUUCCUGCCAGUACAGUUGGAUUAGUUCUCCUGCCAGGUCAGUAAUGUUUUCAGACUUGAGACAAAGGUAAUCACAUCUGAAAAACAUUUCUCCCUGUUUCUCAGUAGGCUUCAGUGCCCCCAAAGAGGUGCCCUGUUUCUUUUAUCACACAAUCAAAGAAUAAAACAUAUCGGUGGCAUAUUUAUUAAAACUAAUGUUGGAUUCUUAGUUUAAUGUAAAGGAAAAUGUAUAUUCUUGCAGUACUUUCAGUGACUGUAUGUGCACUGAAUCGCCAUGUACGACUUGUAUUUCAAAUCAUGCUAUUUUUCUUUAUUAAGCAACGUGCGAAUGCUUUUUUUAGACUGGAUGCAUCCUUGAUUGGAAAUGCUGCUUCUCACUGGGGCCGCGUCGGUCCAGCUGAGGCCAGUCCUUGCGGUGUGUGGCUCCAACAUGCUGCUUCCUGCAGUCCGGCAGAAAUUCAGUUCUUAAGCCUGAACCACUGUGAAUGCCUGUUUUGAACCUCUUCUUUGUCAAAGUAUUUUCUUAGCUCUGUAUGUUGUUGAUUUUUGUAAUCUCCUCUGUGAUAAAAAGAGCUGGCUAGUUUGUCUUCAUUACAUGUUACCGGAAAAUGGGUGAGAAAUUCUCCAACCCAGCAGUUCCCUCAUUGCAGUUUGCAGCUUUUUUGUUAUGCAGAUGUGGAACAGCUGAAUCUUUUAUUAAGGGCACUCUGAAUUGCAAACUUUGGGACUGAAGAGGAUACAGAGGUUUUAGACAGUUCCUGGGGAAUGUCAUUGCUUUCACACUGUGCUGAUUUAUGGCCACUUUGUGUUUUCUGAAUUUGAGACACGUGUCUUCAGACCCAUCUGGAUGCAUAUAUACACAGUGGUAUAUCCAGUUGCACCCCUUGCUGUGUUGCGUAGGGAUGUGUAGACUUUCAAAAACCAGUUUAUUUCUGAUGUCUGCAUUGUUCAGCUUGAGAAUUUUUCCCUGAGAAAGUAUAUCUUAAAUACUCAUUUUAAACAGAAGAGAAUUUUUUAAAAAAAAUAUACCUGGGGGUCAAGGGUCCUCUUCCGUCUCCAGUCACUUAUGAAAAAGCUAGUCCAGUUACAAUGAGUGUGAGCUCCUGAAAGGGCUUCUCCGGUUUGCUGCUCCUGAUGUGUCAUGAUGACUUGACUGACACCGAGUCACACAGACUCAGUCAUAUGGACUUCCAGGAAUUCUCAAAACAACAGAGGGAAAAUAUCUGCAAAGAUCCCCCAAGGUAUUAAAGGUUGUUGAAGGUUAAAGCUGGGAGAGCACCUGUUUUAAACAUUAAUGCAUAUCCUCAGCUGCCCUCUCUAGAUACUGGGGCUUCUGUGUGUGCGUGUGUUGUGGGGCAAGGAGGAAACGGUCAAAGCCUAAUGUGACUUGGUUUGCACCUAUCAAACCUUCCGUUGUGGAGUGAGGCUCUAGUUCACUUCCAGAACCAAAUUUUGAGGUGAAAAAGUUCCUUGACCACCUCAACCUGAACUUCUCAGGCCCCCAUACAUGUCUUCUGUGUUUCAGGGGAUUUUUGUACUAACCUGCUCAAUGUUAUGUUUUCAUCUGUUCUUGGCAAUCGUGGCACUUAGAAGUCUCUUCAAAAUCGACAGUGCCUGAAGAUGACAAGGUGGUUUCAAAAGAAAUCUCUCCUUGAAUUUCCAUUACAAGUGACCUGAACUGGAAGCAGACUUUAUUAGGAUCAGUGAAAUUUUCUUCUAGACAAUGUGUACAAGAAGCAGCACCCACAUUUCUGGACACAGUCUUUGAAUUCAGGGGAAAGUUUUGACAAGUUUCAGACCCUAUUAAGUUUGAGAGCUCUGUGUGACUCUUUAGGCCAGUGUUUUUUUUUCAAACUUGGCAACUUUAAGAUGUGUGGACUUCGAGUCCCAUAAUUCCCCAGACAGCAUGCUGGCUAGGGAAUUCUGGGAGUUGAAGUCCAACAUCUUAAAGCUGCCAAGGUUGAGAAACACUGCUUUAGUCCAAAAGAUACAGGGUCACCUGAAACACGAGGUGUGUUAAGCAGUGCUGGUGAGAAUUAAUUUCUCCCUGUUGUAUAUCUCUUUAAACGUGCACCAUUCUGAUUGAAUUGGCGUGAAUGAACUUGCAGUGGCGAAUGCAGAAUUCUGCAUUGUCAGCCCAGGAAUGUGCUUGUGUUAGUAGCAAUCUUUUCUCUUGCCAGAGUGUCUCUGUGCCACCUUCUCCUAUAAGGUGGCUGAGCUUAUAUAAAAAUAUUUCUGUGAGAGACCUUGGCAUUCUCCUCUCCUUUGCGAAUGGAUUAGAGUUAACUCCUUGCUUUCGGGUGAGAGAGACCCAUCAAAUGUCAGUGGUGCACCCAAGGCACGUCUUAGAAAGAGCUGUUGGCUUCGGCUUCUAUCAGCCGUUGCCUUGACUCUCACCAAGGAUCUCCAAAACCUGUUUAAUGUGUUUGUGAACCAGAAAUUGCCCCCACUGAGGCAAAGGAUUCCCAAGGAUUAGUUGUUGUUCAGAUGGCUCCAUGCAAGUGUAAUGGAACGCUAUCUUUCUUACAGGUUUGAUUUGCAAAUCGAAAUAUGUUUCCUCCACACCUCCAUUUUCCUGUUUUUCUUGUUUCUCACAAUAGCGAUUUCCUCCCAGCAGGCUGCCGAGCCCUAUAGCAGAUACAUUCCAGUGGUAGAGAACAUCAGUAGCCCAGACUUGAGUUGUUGGGUUCUUGGUCUCAUCCAGCUAGGACACACCAUCAGUGCACAGCCAAGCUCAGAGAACCCAUAAGAACCCAACAGUAGAUUCAUUCUCAGACUUUUAAGGAAGACAAGCAUCAGGAGAGACCUGCUAACCCUUUGCAACAACAACAAUGAAUUUUAUUGAUUUGUCUGAUCAUAUCAAAAGCUAUAAAACCAACAUACCAUGUUUUGAAUGUGGAUGAGCAUGUGUCUCCUUCCAUUUUUUCCACCCCUCCUUGAAAAUCUUCAAUUGGCCACAGGCCCAUAGUUUUAGUUGCGUGCAUCAAAUUUAUGAUAGCUGCAGGUCCAUAGGCAAGGAAAGCUGUCGGUCUUCAUUUCAACAUUUUGCAUCUCCUCCUCUUUUGGAUUCUAAAAAGUGAUUUUGCUUUGGGGAACACACAAAGCUAGGAAAACUAGUUUUAGGAAGCAUUGUGGCUGACUUUAAAAUGCUCUUUCUUGAAAUAGACCCCUCCCCAAGAAAAACAAUAUUUCUUUUUAAAAGGCUUAGAAUUAUUAUUUUUAAUGGCUUUAAAUAAAUAUGACCUGUAAAAAUCCAUCAAAACGUGGUGACAACAUUGCUAGCUUUUACUUAAGGGUUUUAAAUGUGUCAAAUCCUUUUAUAGUAUGAAAGGAAUAGUUAAACAUCUUGACCACCGGUUAAAUCUGUAUAAAGGAAUGGAUUUUAUUAUAUUUUUUAAAAGGAAAAUGCAGUGUCUCAACAUACAUCCCAAUACAGGCAGGGUAAGAAGGUAAAUUCCCAAUCAAAUCUAUUAAGUAGCACCUCAUAGGGUUUGUAAAGAAUGUUUUUGUUCUUCCUGUUUCUCGCUGAAUGGGACUAAAAAGGAGGGUCUGAAUUUUACACUGAAGUUUUCAUAAGCUUCGGAUACUGGUUAAUUUGAUCCCAAGGACCACUUUUGUAUUGUAAUUACUAUCAGCCAAGGUUGUCCAAGGAAAUUGCUAUAGAGAAAUCCCUUCAGCUGCAGGAAGGAAGGAGUCACAGCCGAGGAUGUCAAAGAGAAAUUGAAAUUGGUGGUUUAUACCAGUCUCCUCCCUGUCCCCAGCCCAACAUGAAAAAGGGGUCUGGGUCUUCCCAUUCAAUUGUGCCAUUUUAAUUUUUUUAGCCAAUCUGGGGGAAAUGGUGAGGAAGCUCUGAGCAAAGGAAUUGCUGUGAGCUGAAGCAGGUCUUGUUUCUAAGUGAAGGAUCCUGUGCUGCUUUUUAACCUUUGAAUGUUCUUGCUUUGUUUUUGUAACUUUUAAACUUUGUUACUUUUUUUUUAACGUGGCUAAUACGUUCAUAAAUGUCUGUGUGAUGGUGCUUUGCAAGGAUAUAUGAUGACGGCCAACAUUUGGUCAGCCCAGCUCACUCGAUUCGCUAAUGUUUGUACUGUAAAAUAAAGAAUGUUUUACUUGCAAGCUGUACAUAA